AUGACUGAAAUUUGGGAUGGAGAGGACGAAAACGCAAGUCUUGAAACUCUUAGGGAUGUUUUGGUGAAUAGAAGUGGUGAUGUAAAGCUGGCUCUUCGAUUUCGCGCGCUCUUCUUUCUGAAAUCUGUGGGAGCUGAGUUCGCAGAAAAGCCAGAAGAAGCACAAAAGGCUUUGGAAUACAUCGCUGAGAGUUUUAAGGAUGAGUCUGAGCUGCUUAAGCAUGAGGUUGCUUAUGUGCUAGGCCAGACGAAGAAUAUGAAGGCUGCUCCAAUUCUCAGAAACGUGUUAGCAGACACCGAUCAACAGUGCAUGGUGAGACAUGAAGCAGCUGAAGCUUUAGGGGCCCUUGGGGACAGCGACUCUUUGGAUCUGCUUUUGAAAUAUUAUAAUGAUCCUAAUGAAAUGAUUGAGAUUAGACAGACCUGCGAGCUGGCCAUUGAUCGCAUCAAGUGGGCAAAGAGUGAAAAGGCCAAAACUGAAAAUCUACAGACGUCGCUAUACGAGUCUAUCGACCCUGCUCCGCCAUUACCAGUUGAUAACGAGGAGAACGACAAGGUGGAAAAGCUACAACAAAUUCUUAAUGAUCAGAGUCGGUCUUUGUUUGAAAGAUACAGAGCGAUGUUUAGGCUCAGGGACAUUGGCACUGACGAAGCAUGCCUAGCCCUAGCCACUGGAUUCGAUGAUGACUCGGCGCUGUUUAAGCACGAGAUUGCGUAUGUGUUUGGCCAGCUGUGCAACCCUGUCAGUGUUCCUGCGCUUAUUAAGGUUGUUGGAAACAAGGCAGAAGCCGGAAUGGUGCGACAUGAGGCUGCAGAAGCCUUGGGAUCUAUUGCAACCGAAGAUGUUCUUCCUGUCUUGAAAGGUUUUUUGAACGACAAGGAUGAUGUCGUGCGCGAGAGUGCUAUUGUGGCCCUGGACAUGUACGAAGCAGAGUAA